CGGUGCGUAAACAGAGUGGGCGAAGAUGGCGUCGAACAAGAAGAGUGGUGGGAGUAGCAGAUUUGAGAAAAGUGUGAAUGGAAGACGCUCGUCGAAACAUAAAGAGGGUCCAGUGGAGAGGAGACAGACAAGGACAGAGCCUUGAACUCAGACACUGUGAUGGACACCAAGGCAGUGUUUGCAGCUCUAUACAGUGUGUGCGAAGAGAAUGCAGUUUUCUUCUCUGGAGGAGCCAAGGGGUCGCAGGGUGAUGCAGCACGGCGGCUGGUGGAUGUCAUGAAGUUGAUCCAGGAACACGCUCACAGUCUGGAGCCCGUUAUCUCCGGCUUUGCUGCAGUUUACCAUCAUUUUGACUUUGACCCACACAUACCUGCUAAUGGGUAUCGCUCACUGGUGAAGGUUGUGCGCUGCUGCCUUCUCCACAUCAUCCAGAAGGGGCGCUACAUCACCGCCAACCGCCGCAGCAUCUUCUUUCGGGUAGCACACAAUGCCGGGGAGAUGGAGUCCUACUGCAACGCUCUGUGCCAGCUGCGCGCCCUGCUCUACCUGGCUCAGCGCAUGCUACAUGACAACAGCCAUGGCAACCUUUUUUUCAAGGAUGAAAGCGGGCUCAGCGAGAGCUUUCUCCGCGAAUACUCAUCCAUGCACAAGGGUUGCUUCUAUGGCCGUUGCCUUGGCUUUCAGUUCACUCCAGCCAUUCGGCCCUGUCUCCAGACUAUUGCUAUCGGCCUUGUGGCCUUUGGAGAAAACUACAGACGCCAUCAGUCAGGAAUAGGUGUAGCAGCCAGCUCUUUCUUUACCUCAGGGAAAUAUGCCAUCGACCCAGAGUUGAGAGGGGCAGAAUUUGAACGCAUCACCCAGAACCUGGACGUCCAUUUCUGGAAGACCUUUUGGAACAUCACUGAGACCGAAGUCCUGUCAAGUCUUGCCAGUAUGACAUCCACUCAAGUGAAGGUGAACCGGGCUCUUUCUGUGCCCUCCGUGCCAUUUGACCUUCCCCUGGCGGCCAACCACAGAGCAUCUGUAACUAUAGCUCCACCAUCAGCGCACAUCGGCACUGCUCCUGUUCAGAUGAGACUGAUCUCUUAUGACUUGCGUGAAGGGCAGGACAGCGAGACUCUGCUAUCUCUCUCCCGAUCUGAGGGGGGAGCCAUCUCUCUGUCACUGGGGCUGAAGACCAAGCGCCUCCCCUCGUCUCCCUGCCUCCUGAUCCACUUCCAUGGGGGAGGCUUUGUGGCCCAGACCUCCAAGUCCCAUGAGCCCUAUCUGAAGAGCUGGUCCCAGGACCUUGGUGUCCCCAUCCUGUCGGUGGACUACUCUCUGGCUCCUGAAGCCCCUUUCCCGAGGGCCCUGGAGGAGUGUUUCUAUGCCUACUGCUGGGCUCUGAGAAACCACCACCUACUAGGUUGGACUGGAGAGAAAGUGUGUUUGGCUGGUGACAGCGCGGGAGGCAACUUGAGUCUGACGACAUCGAUGCGAGCUGCUGCCUUCGGUGUGCGAAUGCCAGAUGGCAUCGUGGCAGUCUACCCGGCUACCCUGCUGACUGCCUACGCAUCGCCCUCCCGUCUGCUAACACUUAUGGAUCCCCUGCUGCCGCUCAGUGUGCUCUCCAGGUGUCUCAGCGCCUACGCAGGCAAUGAGCCGCAGACAGAGACGCAGGUAGAGAAAGUGAGCACGCUGAGCCUGGUGAGGAGAGACACCGCACUGCUGCUCAGAGAUUUCCGACAGGGAGCCUCCAACUGGAUCCAGUCUCUGUUGGAUCCCAACAGAGCCUCACCCUCUCCCAGCACAGCUGCAGAGGCGCCACCAGGAGCCACUGACACAGUGAGGAAAAGUAUUUCAGAGGCGUCCAUCUCUUCUCCUCACGCAGACCCCCCUGUACCCUCAGAGACCUCAGAGUUCCCCACCAGGAAAUUAUCUGUGAAGAGCCAGACUUGCCAGGACUUGGGAUCCCACAACAAUUCCACUUCUCACAGUGAACCACUGCUGUCUGAGCGCACACCAGAAGAUGUGAAUUUCUUCCUCUCAAAGGAUGCAGAUCCGUCCAUGUCCAGCGACUUUUCUUCAGUGGCCAUACCACCUCCUGCUGGAGAGGAUGGCUCAGAGCUGGAGCACCAUCGGGAGUUUCCCCUGGGCUUUGAGCCACUGCGGUCAAAACAGCUGGCUGAGAUGAGGGUGGAGAGCUCUCCUGUGUUUAAGGAUCCUUUCUGCUCUCCUCUGCUGGCUCCUGAUAGCAUGCUGAAAGGGCUGCCACCUGUACAUAUAGUGGCUUGUGCUUUAGACCCCAUGCUGGACGAUUCUGUGAUGUUUGCCAAGCGUUUGAGGAACAUAGACCAGCCUGUCACUCUGUGCGUGGUGGACGACCUCCCCCAUGGCUUCCUCAGCCUAUCACAGCUCUCCAGGGAGACGAGGGAGGCUGCCAACGUCUGCGCAGAGAGAAUUCGCGCCGUCUUCACCCAGACAGACACACCGCCGGAGCCACGCAAGCAUCGCAAGCUGGAACGGACCGAUAGGGGUGUGUCAGCCUCUUCAGGGGAAGCUGGGUCUCUCUUUGUCAGCCCCAUUGAGGGAGUGGAGCUGACUGCCGGGAGAGGGGCUAAAAUUGCUGAUGGGGAUGGCUUGGUUGCUGUGGCAACCCAGAAUAACACUGACGCUGGUGGUAUUGGGCCUUAAAUAAGGUUGGAUAAAGAACGACUGCAGUCACCCAAGGAGUGAAGGAAGGAAGAGUAAAUAAAAGUCAGACAAACUUGGGCAGUGCAAUGCUCUAAAAGAGAGAGAGAGAAAGCAUCCUAAAAACAGAAAGAGGGGAGGGGGAAGUCUAGGAGAUUGUCCAGUUUUUGAGAGACAAAAAAAUAGAGGAGGAGCACUGAAAUACAACUUCCUCUGAUUUACAAUUCUUGCCACUUGUCUGUGCACCAUCAUGCACCGACGCAAAUCUGGCAGACAAAAUGAACACACCCACAAAAUGUUUAAAAAUAAAAUGGUAAUUUAGCAGCUACUUAGAUCAAAGACCAGCAUUCACCCACACAUGCAGCACACAUACUUAACAGAGUUGCCGUUAGGCAGCGGAGGCUCGGACAUAAAGUAGCGCUGGAGAUUCUUGAGACGAGGCCUGAAUGGGUGAUUCAUCUAGGCCAAGGCAGUCAUUUGAGGCCCUAAUCAGACAGUGGUAGGCACACUAUAUGCUUCUGUAUAGAGUCAUCCCCAUCAAAAUGGCCACUUGUCCUUUAGGGGGGUGCUCUAAAUCACACUUAAUAACUCCACAUUGUGUUCUCCAUUACGCCAGUUUGGCAGUCAAUACAGCUCACUUUGUGGAUAGUAAGUCUGUUGACUCUCUCCCAAAUAGAAUUACAGAGCUAAAACACAACAGACUGAAAUACUCUAAACUGAAUGAAUUGAUUUACUUGUUUCUUGAGAUUUUAUUGCAGUUUUAAUCAUAUUAUUAACCCUAUGCAGUAGUAUUACUUUUGUUAUUUAUAUCUUCUUCUUUUUUUCUAUUGCUGUAUCUUAAUCAUUACAGGUUUGUCUGUUGAUAUGUACACUAUAUUGUUUGUUUAAUGUAAUCUUUUGUUGUUCAUUCCACAUUUGUGAAUGUGCUCAAUAUUUACCUCUGCUUCUUUGGCACAGUUGCUCCGACAUCCCUGGCCUUUCCAAUUGAACUCAUAUGCUACUCCCAGUAAAGCAUACUGAUAGGAUAAAGUAAAUGUAGAGUAUUUAACUGGGACACAGUGCCCUAUCUAGAUGCUGCCUGGUGCUUUUCAUAGUACUGAUAUACUAAUGCAAAGAUUGCAUUUUAUUGAUUGCUACAGUGAAAUUUCUGGAGAUGCACUAAGGUGCAUUAUUUUCAAAAGACUAGUACUUGCUUGAAAACUCGAGUCCCAUCUUUAUAAGGUCUUUAAGGAACAAUCCUAGCUCUCAGAUGUCUGAAAGAGGCGAAAUGUUUUUAUUUUUAUUAUUUUACGACUGAAAAAUAUUGCUUGAGAUUCUCCUUCUGCAGAACUAGAGUACAAGAGAAAGGGGCAGCAUAAAGUCCAGUCCACUGCACUGAUUACCUGAGGUUCUCCCCCUUCCUCGACAGGCGUUAUUGCUCACAGUACUUCUCUGCACAGUAUGUAGUGUGUUAAAGUACCACUUCUCUUGAUCAAGGGUAUUUCCUGCCUGACAAUCUGUUUCUACAAAUCAGAGGCUUUUAGGCAAAGCUCCAGCUCCCUGAGCAUGAAAAGAGAUUGUAUGAGUGCUGUGUAACAGCCACUGAACUUGUUUGGCCAACGAAAAGAGGCUGGUGGUCCAGAUGUCUUUGCUCCUCACCAUCACAUUUGGGGUUGACUUUGUUUUUCGAUAAGCUGAGUACACUCGUCUGAGCGCGAUGCCACCGAAGCACUUUGAAGUACACAAAAAUGUCCUUCUGAGGGUCAGUUCCUCUAUCAGGUCCAACUAAAUAUAGAUGCCAACAAUGCUGGCACUGUCCUGCCCUUGCCUGGUAACAGGGCUAGGGUUGCCAGGUCUGUAGAGAGGGGAUGCUGUGUGAUGAAUAGGAUUUAGCUGAAGCUCCGAGUGCAAGAUUCUCCCCCCUGUAGAAGAGCUGGAUUUUCAGCAGCAAAGUCAUGCUACAGGAUUAGACCAUGCUCAGUUCUGUCAGCUCGAAGUACUUACUGCAAUAUUUUUAGUCAGAUUGAUGGAGAGAACCACGGCCGUGAAAAGAAGGAAAGUAAUACACUCAUCCUCUCGGAGAUGCUGGGCUAAAGUUUGUACUUGCUUUACUAGCCGCUGUUUAUGCUCACUCUGCACUUUUGCAGUAGUUGAUUUGUCGAUCCGUGCAAGUGUAUUUUAAGCUAGAGCUUGUAAACGUGUUUUGUUUUUUGUUUUUUUUCUUCUUUACUUGGUGCCUGUAUGUGUGGCUCAAGUGGAGUCUGCAUGUGCUCAUUCACAUGAUGAGAAACAUGAGCUCACACACGGGCGCGUCCUCUUUGUGUCGUGUGUUCACAUAAAGACGGGAAUGGCACUUUAAAGUCAAGAGACUAUUCGUAGUAUUAAUCAUCUGUCAUCCGUUGUUGAUCAUCAGCACUUUGUGUAUAAAUUAUGUGAGCUGCUAGAAAACUUUUUGAAAAAAUGUGUCAAAUUCACCCACUUGCUGUUUACUGACCUCUGUAUACCUCUCACCCUUGAUGACCACUCACGCAUCAGGCUACCCUGAGUGCAGGUGAUCGACCAGAGAGCCCAUCUGGUGCUUUGCACAGAUGAGUUUGCAGAGAUGGGUCAGUGUUACCUUUUAGUUUCCCCGAUUGCUGGCAUUUUUGGUGGUUCCACUGAUGCUUAUAUACUACCUUCAAAUUUGAAAUGUUUAAUGUAGUAUUGUUUCAAUUAGUGUUGCUGCUUCAUUAAAGGUGUCUAAUUGUUGAUGAUCCACAGAACAACUUUAUAAUCACAAAUUGUCCUUGUUAGUACAAACAAACUAGUUGUAGUCAUUCAGUGUAAAGCUGCUUUUUUUAUUUUUAAGUUAAAUAAUCAGGUUGUACAGUAUACCUCCAGUUUACUCGUCUAGAGCUCGGUGAAGUGCAAUGCAAAGUGCAAUGCUGCUACAAACAUGAGCUAGCUGCUUAGGUAAAGCUAUGCAGUUACACACCAGCAUCAAAUCAUUGUACUUUUCACAGUCUCCGUUUCCAGAGUCAGAAAUAAUUUAUUGUUAUGUGUUUGAAUCACCUAAAGGUUUAUUUCAGCUCAUUUAUUAUUUGUCCCAAGUGGGCAGUUUGUGCUGCAGAAAACAUAAAACACAUAACAAACCAACAUACAAACAAACAACUGUUGACAUGAACAUAAAGUCAACGUUGUACAUCAUAGUUACCAUGCCAACCCAUAUACCACAACACUUAUUUUAAAGUAGAUACAACAAGAUUUCUUGAAACCUUUCACAAAUGCAUCAGUGCAUUAAGACUGACCUCAACCACGUUUCCUAAUGAGAAGUACUCAUUUGACCUACCAGUUAGACAUCCUAUAUGUAUGGUUAAAGUUUCAAGUAGAACCAAAGACUGCAGAGUCUUGUAACAGAUGCGCUGUCCUUGCUGUUUAGCGUUUGCUGUUAACUGGUAUCAUUGAGAAUGCAGGUGCUAGCCAGUGUCGUAGCCCGUCUGCACUACAUAUGCAAAUUAUGCCGCACUGUAAAAUGCAGCUCUGAUGUAGAAUAUGAUUAGCCUUUUAAAAGAAGUAAGCCAUAGACUGGAAACGAAGCUGUUUUACAUUUACUUGUUUUGUUUUUGUACUUUUUUUUUUUUUGUAUUUUUUUUUUCUUCAAAACACCACAAGUGCAAACGUGUGAAUAAAAAAGAAUGUAUAUUACAUGAUUCAUGUAGAUAUUUUUACUUUCCGAUUUGUUCAUCUGAUUGAUUGCAGAUUCAUUGAUUUGACUGCAUUUUCGUUGCAGGUUUCAUACUAGAAUGUUGUGUCUGAUUCGCCAUGAGUAGGCUGGUUUCUGCCUUUGUUGAUUUUAUCUAAAUAAAUAUAUUCUCCCAUGAA